AACGUCUCCCUAUGCAAUAAAAUGAACUGCACUAGAAUUGGUCCACCAGCAUCUGUGCAGUGGAUGUUGGGACGUGUUCUCCAUUUUGUCUCUUCGUGUGUGCAGUUUUUGCGUGUCAGUAUUGCACCAUAAAUUACAUCCAAUUUUGCAAAUGCCACUUCCUCUGAAUUCAACUGACUCCAUCUGAACGUGAGUUGAAAGGAGUCGAAAGGACAUCUUGACGUGACAAAGCAUGAAAACCACAGGAAUAACCUGUAUUUUUAAUUUGUCCUUUUUUCAUUCAAUGCACCACAGUAAACUAGAGAGCGAGAGCUCACAGGGCCAACAGGCCUAACAGAAAAUGUAGUGCAGUUAUUGUUAACUGCUAUUAACAAUGAAAGAAAAAACAUAACAAAUUGAGAAGCCAUGUGAGAUAUCUGAGUGUUUUUGUGCAUUGCUUUUAAACAGAAAAGCUUCCCAACUUGUGUACGUUCCUCAUGCUGUGUGAUUUUAAGCAGAUUUUAAUCAAUCAUUAUGCUUGUGCAUUCUGUUUUACUGGCAUGCUACUGCUGACAAGUAUGCAAAACAUGGAAUGACCUUAUGCAAAUCACACAGCAUGUGAUACCGUGUAAAACUCUGCGUGCAACAUCUUUUGUCAGUCAAGUGCCACACAAACACACUUACCUCCAUAACAAAUAAACAAAAAUCAUUUUUAAAUAUGUAUCUCUCGUUAUAUGUUUAAUUUUCCUAAUCUGAUGCAAUGUUGUUGAGUCUUCCGAUUUCAAUCUGCAUAGUCGAUUAGGUUUGUUUCGGUGUCUUAUCUCUGCAGCGGUGGGAGUGUAAACUCCUCCCACUACUAUAGCGUUUGGAUUGAGACUGAGUGGACAUUGGUCUUCUGCACAGAAUGCGUGGGAGCAAUAAAUGGAGAUGUCUAUGGAGAUGAGAGACUUUGAGAAAUCAUCAGACAAAAAAGUAACUUCAGAAAAAGAGAAAGGUUCCAACGGUGGCACACAGAAGUCCAGAGCGUCUGCCAACCAAGAUAGCCUGGGCAUCUCCACUCGAGAGGACCGGGAUGACCUGGUGCGAUCCUCCAGCCACACCCCAUCAAACAAAGCUCACAUACUAGCCAUGCCGCAGUUUGGCCUGCGCGACAACCUUAUCAAGUGUGAGCUGAUGAAAAAAGAGGAACUGUACACUUUCUUGGAAAAUCACAGCUUUUUUCUUGGCACAUACAAUGUGAACGGACAGACACCAAAGGAAAGCCUCCGUCCUUGGCUGAGUUGCACUCCCGAGCCCCCUGACAUGUACUGCGUGGGUUUUCAGGAGCUUGACCUCAGUAAAGAGGCUUUCUUCUUCAAUGACACCCCCAAGGAACAGGAGUGGACAAAAGCUGUGUCUGAGGCAUUGCAUCCAGAUGCCAAGUAUGCCUUAGUGAAGUUGGCGCGCCUGGUGGGCAUUAUGUUGAUCUUCUUUGUGAAGAAGGAGCAUGCAGAAUUCAUCUCAGACGUGGAGGCUGAGACUGUAGGCACUGGCAUCAUGGGGAGGAUGGGAAACAAGGGAGCUGUGGCAAUCCGUUUUCGCUUCCACAACUCUGAUAUCUGCGUGGUCAAUUCCCACCUUGCUGCUCAUGUUGAGGAAUAUGAGAGACGUAAUCAGGACUAUAAGGAUAUUUGCAGUCGUCUUCAGUUUCGCCAACCUGACCUCACCCAGGCGCCACUCACUAUCAUGAAGCACGAUGUUAUUUUAUGGAUCGGGGACCUCAACUACAGAAUUAGUGAGCUUGACGUUGACAACGUGAAGGGUCUCAUCAGCAAGAAGGACUUUGAAACUCUGCACAGUUUCGAUCAGCUCAAGAGGCAGAUCGACGAGGAGGCUGUGUUUGUGGGAUUUGAGGAGGGGGAGAUUGAUUUCCAGCCCACCUACAAAUAUGACACUGGCUCUGACAGUUGGGAUACAAGUGAAAAAUGUCGUGUCCCUGCGUGGUGCGAUCGUAUCCUGUGGAAAGGAAAAAACAUAAAGCAACAGCAUUACCAGAGUCACAUGACUCUGAAGACCAGUGACCACAAACCUGUCAGCUCCCUGCUCAUCAUUGAGAUCAAGAGGAUAAAUAGUGAGGAUUAUAAGAAGACCUUUGAAGAAAUUGUUCGUGAUAUUGACAAAAUGGAGAAUGAAUGCAUUCCAUCUGUAACCUUGUCCAAGCGAGAGUUCCACUUCAAGGACGUGAAGUUCAUGCAGCACCAGGCAGAGACGUUGAGCCUCUUGAAUGACGGGCAGGUCCCAUGUCAGUUUGAGUUUAUUCCAAAGCCGAAUGAGUUCACAUACAGCAAGCCCUGGCUCACAGCCAACCCCCCCAAAGGCUUUAUUGCUCAGGGUGGUUCUGUGGAUAUUGACCUUGAGGUUUUCGUAAAUCGCACAACAGCACCUGAGCUUAACUCUGGCAAGCAGGAGAUUGAAGACAUCCUGGUGCUCCAUCUAGAGCGGGGCAAGGACUAUUUUAUCUCUGUGACAGGAAACUACCUGCCAAGCUGUUAUGGCACUUCUAUCCAUGCACUAUGUCAGCUGAGGGAGCCCAUUCAAGACAUUCCACAAGAGACCCUCCUUCAACUGGCAGAGUUGCCUAUAAAGGAGAACGCAGCAAACACUGAAAAGCCUCUUGACAUUCCUAAAGAACUUUGGAUGAUGGUGGAUCACUUAUUCCGCAAUGCAGUCAAACAGGAAGACAUAUUUCAGCAACCUGGACUCCGGAUUGAAUUUGCUGAAAUAAGGGAUUGCCUUGACACGGGGAUGCCAGAGUCCCUCCCGGGUAGUAAUCACUCAGUAGCAGAGGCCUUGCUUCUGUUCCUAGAUGCCCUCCCAGAGCCUGUGGUUCCCUACUCAUUUUACCAACGCUGCCUUGAAUGCUGCACCAGUGCCAACCAGUGUGAGCAAGUUAUUUCCAUGCUACCUCAGUGCCAUAAAAACGUGUUCAACUAUUUAGCUGCCUUUCUCCGUGAGCUUUUGAAGAAUUCAGCUAUCAAUCGAUUAGAUGUCAGCAUCCUGGCCACCAUUUUUGCCUCCUUGCUUCUGAAGUCACCUGCAAAGCAGGAUCUUGCUGAGAAGAGGAAGACUCAGGAGUUCUUUCAGCACUUCCUGACCCAAAGCUCCUCCUAGAUGGAGGGCUUGUCCCCCUUGCUGAAGCUGAACACUAAAAACUGUAAACGUCCAGUAUUUGAAAUAACUGUAAUGAUUUGAUAUCCUCUUUGUAUAACUAUGUAGAGUUAUUACUGUCAGUGAUGUUUCUUAUUUCUAAUCACUUUAUUUCAAAACCAAGUUUGUGAUCAGUUGAUGCAGAAUUUAUUGUAUAUCAUUGAGCAUAUGUAGAAGCCUAACAAAUUUUAAUGUAUGUAUAUUUUAUUUAAAAAGAAAAAUUUGUAUUUUCAUGUCUCUGAUCUAAAAAGUGUAUUGUUUUUAUAUAUAAAAUGUCUGCAAACACG